CCACUUAACAUUCUUUUCCUCUAACUUUAAUUUGCUUUUUUCCCAUAUAUACCAUUUGCAAUUAUAAUAUUACAUAUAUGAAUACUAUAUAUGUAUAUACAUAUUUAUAAAACAAUAACUAAUUUAGUUUUAAUUACCACACAAAAUGGACAAUCAUGACCAAGGAGAGGCUUAUAAUACAUCUACAAAUAAUCUUAAUACUUCAACACCUUCAAACUCUUCUUCUCCUAAGAUCUCUACACAUACUCAAUCUUCAGGCAGCCAACAAGUUAUUAUGACAAUAGAUGAUUGGUCAAGAAGAAAUAGCCUCUUCCAUGCAACACUUAGUGGAGACUACACAACAGCCAAAAAAAUCAUCGACGAAAACCCUAAUAUUUUGAAAAAAGAUUUUUUAGAGAGUAAUGGAAGAAAGGAAACCGUUCUUCACGUGGCGGUCGGAGCAAAACAAGCCAAAUACUUUGUGAGGCAACUUUUGAGAGAUUUCGAGGACUACAUCGACGUGUCCUUGAAAGAUUCAAUGGGGAACACGGCGUUUUUCUCAGCGUGUGCGGCUGGCAACCUAGAUAUCGUCGACGAGUUUCUAAAAUUAAAGAAUUGUAGAGACUUCAUCACCAUUCCGGGUGGCGGAGAUGUUAGCCCUCUUUACAUUGCUGUUUCAUUUGGACAUGGAAAGGUAGCUUCACGUUUGUACUAUCAAACUAAAAGUUUUUAUCCAAAUUAUUUCAGCCCUAGAAAUGAUCUACACCAAAGAAAAAAUUAUGGGAUUUUUUUCCAAUGUAUCUGCAAUGAUUUGUACGAUUUAGCAUUAAUAUUGUUAGAGGAUGAUGACAUAACACAAGGUGUGGAGAUUGCUCGUCUGGAGGACAACCAAACAGCUUUGCAUUUAUUAUCUCGGAAGCCUCAUACCGUAUUUGCAACUCCUAAAUUUCAAGGUACUCUUUGUUCGAGAUUAAUAUUGGGCCAAUCAACAGUUGAGGAAUCAAAAGCACUAAAACUAGUAAAAGUGGUUUGGAAUCGAAUUUUAGAGGCAAAAAAUUACAUUCAUUCUGAAAUCAGUAAAGAAAUUCAAUUCCCAUUUCACUUAUUAAUGGAAGCAACCAAAGUUGGUAACCAUGAUUUUUUGGUUGUGAUUUUAAGUGGGUAUCCAGAAUUGAUUUGGGAACGUACUCAUGAGAAUGAGACCAUAUUUAACUUUGCAGUAAAAAAUCGUCAUGUUGAUAUUUUUAAAUUGAUACAUGAGGUUGGUUUAUCAAAACAACUAGUCCAAAAUUUUGAAGAUGAAAUAUCAGGAAACAAUCUUUUACAUAUUGCUGCACUUAAACCACCACACAGUAGACUUCGUAGUAUUGUUGGAUCAGCUCUCCAAAUGAGAGAACAAAUCUUGUGGUUUCAGGAAGUGAGGAACAUUGUGAUCCCUUCAUUAAGGAAUAAAAUGAAUUUAAGUGGUCAAACACCGCAAGAUUUGUUCACAGAAAAACAUAAUGAUUUGAUGAAAGACUCAGAAAAGUGGAUGAAGAAAAAUGCAAAUAUAUGUCUACUUGUGGCAACAAUAAUUGUUACAAUAAUCUUUCAAGCAAAUUCUGAUAUUUCUUCUUCUGGGGAUGAAAAUACAAAUUGUGACAUCUCUAGGGAUCAAAAGGCAAAUUCGUCGAAUAUUGAAAGCUCCAUAGUAAAAAAUAUUCUCUUGAUAUCAAACACCAUAGCCAUGUCCUCCUCUUCAAUAGCGGUAAUGUUAAACUUGUUCAUAAUAAUUUCUCGUUUCUCUGAAGAUGAGUUGUUUCGGCCAUUGCCAAUCGCAUUCAUCGCGGGAAUUAUUUCGCUUUACAUUUCUAUAACUUUCAUGAUGACAAGUUUUUGCCUUACAUCUUUUAUUGGUACUAAAUCGUUAGCAAUACGUAUUUUUACUUGUUUUUUGGAGCUUUUGCCAGUAAUUUUAUUUCCUUAUCUUGUGUAUCCUAUUUUUAUUGACUUAUUAAAUAUGACAUUUUUCUCAAAAUCCAAGUUCAAGCCUGGAAAACGAGUACUUGGACGAUCGUUAUGAUUUUUAAUAGGUCAUAUUAUGUAAUUAAAUAAUGGUG